AGGUGAAAGGUGAACGGUGAACGGUGAACGGUGAAAGGAAUCGGUCACAAUGGCACGCAAGCAAAUCUACAGGCUGCAACUGCUCAAAUGGCUUUGUUUGGUAUCUGUGCUGCGAGCCGCGUCUGCCGACUGGCUAAUGGACUGCGGCAACUGUCACUGCAAGUGGAACUCCGGCAAGAAGACGGCCGAUUGUCGCAACCUGAGCCUCAGCGGAGUGCCCGAGUAUCUCAGCUCGGAGGUGCAGGUGCUGGACCUCUCCCAGAACCAGAUACUCGCCCUGGAGGAGAACGCAUUUCUGGCCACACGGCUGCAGAACCUUCACAAGCUGUUCAUGCGGAACAGCACGUUGCAGCGCAUAACGGCGCAGAGCUUCGCGCAGCUGGAGAUACUCAUUGAGCUGGAUUUGUCGAACAAUCUGCUGCGCGAGCUGCUGCCCAAUGUCUUCGAUUGCCUGACCAAGGUGCGAUCGCUGGUGCUGAAUGGCAACCAGCUGCAGACGCUGCGCGGCGGCGUCUUCCAUCACUUGAAGUAUCUGCACAAGAUCGAGCUGAAGCACAAUCGGCUGGUGAGCAUCGAUCCGCUGGCGUUCCAGGAGGUGCCGCUCCUCUCGCAGAUCUAUCUGGACGGCAAUCAGUUUCGGGUGCUGCACCGGGAGAGCUUUCAGGGUCUGAGCCGACUGACAGCCCUGUCCCUGGACCAGAAUCCAUGGAACUGCACCUGCGAUCUGCAGGAGUUUCGCGACUUUGUGCUCAAAAUGAACCUGUACACGCCGCCGACGGCCUGCCAUUAUCCGCUGCAGUUGCGCAGCAUGCUGUGGAUCGAGGACCAGCCGGAGGCGUUCGCCUGCAAGCCAAAGAUUGUCUAUCCGGCACGCGGCGCCUCCAUAAACACAUCCAAGGAGAACGUGACCCUCAUAUGCCGGGUGCACGGCUCACCGAACACCAUUGUCGCCUGGGACUACAACAAGCAGCUGUACAAGUCGAGUGGCACGUCCCUGGACGUGCACCAUCCGCGCGUGCACAUCGAGAUGCUGCGGGAGGAGAAACGAUCCACAAGGGGAGAGCCACAGCUGGGCCGCGACAUAUUCACCUCGCGGCUCACCAUUGUGGGGGCCGAGAAGAGCGACGAGGGCGUCUACACCUGCCUGGCGGAGAACGCUGGCGGCAAGGAUGCCGUCCAGAUGAGCCUCGUCGUACAGCAGGCCGUGCAGCGGGACUUGCUCCUGAACAGCAAUCUCUUUGUGAUCAUCUGCCUCAUGGUCCUGGGGCUGCUCAGCAUCUCGGUGCUGCUGUCCAUGGCUACCUACUGCAUCUACAGACGCUUCAAGCACCUCCAUCUGCAUCCCAGGCAGCAUACCCAUCUUCGUUCGAUUAACUACACCGCGCAGCAAUUUUCCAGCGAGGCUGGCGAGGGCCUCGGCCUCGGCCUGGGCAUGGGCCUGGGCCUGGGCAUCCAUGGCGUCAGCAACAGCGUAGUGGUGGCCGGCGGCACGGAGGUGCUGCUCAAUACGUUCCAAAAUCAAAAUCCAAAUCAAAAUCCAAAUCAAAUUCAGGCAACAGAUCGACGCAUCGAGCCCAUGGCCGAUGGCAGGAAAUUUACAGAAUUGAUAACGAGCAUUGAUAGGAGCAGAAAUUCGCAUGCCAUAAUGGGAUACCUGUGCAAUCGGCCCACAGCCAUGCCAGAGGGAGGAGGAGGAGGGACUGGCACUGUAACAGGAACAGGAACAGGAACUGGAACUGGAACUGGUAACUCGAAUUCGAAUUCGAAUUCGUUGCGCAGUCGAGAGGAUGAGAGGCGAGAGGAAACACUCGUUUUGGAGCGCAAGUUCAAAGAUAAGCUCAACGUAACGUCCAAGGUGUAUGAUUUGCAUCGAUCACAGCUCAUAGAGGAUCACAGGAUCAUGCCCGGUGCCGUGCGGGAAACGGCAAUCAUCAGGCAGAGCCGCACAGAGCCCGAGUAUCAGCCGGAUGUGCUGCCCUCGAACAGUCCCACUGGCUCCCAAAAUGAAGAUCAGCUGAGCCACCAAUUAAUGCUGAUUGGUCUCAAUUCGCGCAGCAAGUACAACAUCAGUGUGCAAAAGUAUCUGCAGGAUAAGUACGGAAGUGUCGGCACUGCUGUCCGAAGGAACAACAACAACAACAACAGCGACAUCAGCGACAUCAGCGACAUCAGCGACAGACGUCAGGCGUCUGCAACCGGAAGUUGUUUGCUUUACCCCCCCAAAAAGGUGCAGCAGCAGCAACAGCAGCAACAGCAGCAACAGAAGCCACCCCAGGGACUGCAAAGGCACUGCCAGUCAAUGGCAUUGCCAAGCAGCCAACGCCAACCCACCGAUGGCCAUUGCCGUCAGCCAUCACCACCGCCAUAUAGCACCACCAGCACCAGCAACAGCAACAGCACCACCACUGCAACCACCACCUCCUGCACUUUGUCUGAUGCUGCAAGCAGCGCCGCAGGCGCCCACGACGGCGGGGUGAUAGCAGCAAUUACAGUGACAUCGUCCUCAUCACUUCCACAUGCACUUGCCCCCCUGCAGAAUAAGUUAGCCAGCACCACAGCCGCAGCAGCAGCAGCAGCAGCAGCGACUCAUCGCAAAAGGAUUCUUUGACAGCUACUGAGGACGCAGAUUUGACCAGACGAUCACUAGAAUGUAAGCCAGGGAGAGAGGGUGUCUCCCUGUCUCCCUGUCUCGGUAGCAAAUAAUAUUUUAGAAUUUUAAUAGUAAAUACAUAAUUAUUUUUAGCGACACACACACACACGUAUACCUAUACCUAUACAUAUAUAACUAUAACUAUAGCUAUAAAUUUCUAUAUGUAACAAUAUAAGCGCUUUAACUAAAGAACCCAACAAUAAAGUGAAAUGAACUGAA